CCAGUCGAACACACCUGUAACUCAGCAUGCCACUAAAACACCGUACUCGUUAGGACAUUGAUGUGAAAACUAUGACGACCAAGUCGCAAGGUCAGCCACCGUCCCGGCCAAGACAAAAAGGCCAAACGACAUGUCUGCAUCACCAAAGCAAAGAGCUGACGCUGUUCUGUGUUACGUGUGGGGAGCUGGUGUGCGCAAAAUGCGUCACGUCCGUCCAUCAGAGUCAUACCAUUGAAGAGCUGGGUAACAUUGUUCCUGGAAAGCGUGAAGAACUCCAAGCAUACAUCGACACCACAGGGAACAUCCAGCUUCUCCAACUUAAAAAGGAUAUAGCAGCAGCCGAAGAAGAGCUGAAGAGGAACGCCAGCCGUUUCAAGGAUCUUGCCGCUCAAGCUAAGGAGCAGGGAGAGAGGCUUAAGACGGAAAUCGAUAUCCUUGUGACAACCUCUGUGGCUCAAUGUAAGCAGAUUGAGGACAAAAACGCCAAGCUGAUCACGACGUAUAAAAAAGAGCUACAAACGAGACACGAUGUGCUCAAUAAGCAAUUGCAGGACCAGAAGAAAUUGAUGCAAAAGGCGUCCGAUAUCCAGAUUUACGAUGCGGAAGUGGAUACCUUUGCAAACAGCCCACUUCCGCCCAGUCCAGAUUUACAUGUCAGCAACUUUAUGCCGAACAAAAGUCCGAGGAAUUUCCUUGAGCAAGCGCUCGGAACACUGGAGACGAUUGAUACCAAGGAGAAAGAACCGGAAAUUCAACCCCAACAGAAGCCUCAAAGGAAACAGACUAAAGCCAAACAUCCACUAGGACGUCUGUCCAAGAGCCAGCCCUCUGUAUACAGGCUACCGUCUGUUUCCGAACAUGGUCGAUCAAGUGGUAUGUCUUUCAUAAAGAAACCGUUGAAAUUACAACAUGAAGAGUCAAUUGAGAUGAACCCCCCUCCAAGAUACCAACUGAAGCAGGAGCCUACAGUUUUGUCCGAAUUCACAUCACCAUGCAAGGUGAGUGCCAUCUGCUGUACACCGGGAGGAGACGCAUGGGUAUGUUUUGAGGACACCAAGACCAUCACUCUUAUGGGACAGUCCGGCGACGUAAGAAAGCAGAUUCAGUACCAGGUGCGUCUUUGUGACGUCAAGAUUUCUCCCAUCACACACAAUCUCUGGGCGUGCUCAAAUGCCGACAAGAGCAUCAUUGAGUGGCAAGCUUCAGGUUUACCCGUCAUCAAAUUCCAGACCGAGCUAGCUCCAAGGUGCAUGUGUCUCUCCCAACAUUCAGGCUUCGUUGUGCUUGGAAUGUCCAAGGAAGUCGCCAUAUUUACAAGUACCGGAAGGAUGAUCAGUUCUUCCCGGACUGUAAUGUCUGGAUCAGGCGUGUCAUCACCUAAACGGAUCUCAGAGUGUCCCGUUACAGGCAACCUCGCCAUCGUGGACCAAGAUCGCAUCGCAGACGGAGGCCAGAACAAGCGUCACAUUGUGAUUGCCGACAACAAACUAAGAAAACUUAACCACUUCAGGGGCGAAAUCAGCGCCGACGUCGUUGUUCAGCGACCAUUCAACCCGUCAGACGUGAUUUAUGACGCAAAGGGUAAUAUUGUGGUCGGUGACUGCACGAACAAGUCCAUCACACUGCUCAGCGGGAGUGCAGAGUUCAUCGGUAUCUUGGACUUGGGCACGUGCUACACGGUGGCUGUGGGCUUGCACGCGGACACGGUAUGGGGCGUGUACCGUAUGAACAGUACAUAUGACGUAAAAAUACUUCAAUACGCCACAACGCAUGACGAAGAAGAGGGAAAUGAAAAAGAGGAGGACACAUCAAACCCGAUCUAAGUGCAUUUCAUAGUAACUACAUGGUAUACACGUUGUGUCCUCUUGGCGGGAAAGUGCUCUUUUCUGCUUCCCGGAAAAUAUUGUUCGGAUUCUUUUUAUUAGUUGUUGCUGAUAAGUUUUCCAUAAAGUGUACACAAAUGAACAACUGCAACGAUGAUGAUUAGUAGAUUUUGUAUAUGAACCCAGAUAAUAUAUGUACCGCAUCAGUUAAUCAGAAACGACAUGGAAUCAUUUUCGUUCGGCGUGAAUCUUGUGUCAGGCCCCUGUGUUCCCGAAUGGAUGUUUUACAGUGUGCUUUGGAAAACAAUUUAUGCAGAUAUUACGUCUUAUCCCUGUACCCAUAUGUUUUGAUUUGAAUAGGUCAUCGUUAUUUUUUUGCAGAUUCACAAAGAAAAUCCGAUAUGAUUUUCAGUUUGGAUAUUUCACAGAGAUAAUUUCGUUGGUGACCUUCAGUGCGGAACUGAUUCGUAACGUGCAUACAGGUUAUAGGCAGUUGGGUAAAAAUAGUGUUUUUCCGGUUUUUUAUUUCUUUUAUAUUAAGUUGUUGAGAACAUUUCUGUGAAUCGAUUCGAAAUAAACGCGUAGAUUGGAGAAAACUUUG